CGCCCCUCGCGGCCGCGCGUCUCCUUCCGCCGCCCGCGCCGCCAUUUUGCGAGCCUCCGACUGACGCGCGCCGCCGCCCCGCGGCUCUCGCUGUUCCCGGAGCGGCCGGAGCCAUGGCGGCAUCGUCUGUGGGGAACGUGGCCGACAGCACAGAACCAACGAAACGUAUGCUUUCCUUCCAAGGGCUAGCGGAGUUGGCUCACCGGGAGUAUCAAGCAGGAGACUUUGAAGCGGCUGAGAGACACUGCAUGCAGCUUUGGCGACAAGAACCUGACAACACCGGUGUGCUUUUGUUGCUCUCCUCCAUUCACUUCCAGUGUCGCAGGCUGGACAGGUCUGCUCACUUCAGCACUUUGGCAAUCAAGCAGAAUCCACUGCUGGCGGAAGCGUACUCAAACCUGGGGAAUGUAUACAAGGAGCGUGGGCAGCUACAGGAGGCAAUUGAACACUAUCGGCAUGCCUUGCGCCUCAAACCAGACUUCAUUGAUGGAUACAUAAAUCUUGCGGCUGCUUUAGUAGCUGCAGGUGAUAUGGAAGGGGCAGUGCAGGCAUAUGUUUCUGCCCUGCAGUACAAUCCUGACUUGUACUGUGUGCGUAGUGACCUGGGGAAUCUGCUCAAAGCCCUGGGUCGCUUGGAAGAAGCCAAGGCCUGUUACUUGAAGGCAAUUGAGACACAACCCAAUUUCGCAGUAGCAUGGAGCAACCUUGGCUGUGUGUUCAACGCUCAAGGAGAAAUCUGGCUUGCUAUUCAUCACUUUGAAAAGGCUGUGACCCUCGAUCCAAACUUUCUGGAUGCUUACAUUAACCUGGGGAAUGUCUUGAAGGAGGCACGCAUAUUUGACAGGGCUGUUGCAGCCUAUCUCCGGGCCCUGAGCCUGAGCCCAAACCAUGCAGUCGUGCAUGGCAACCUGGCUUGUGUGUAUUACGAGCAGGGCCUGAUUGACUUGGCGAUAGAUACAUACAAGCGUGCUAUUGAGCUGCAGCCACACUUCCCUGACGCUUACUGCAAUCUGGCCAAUGCCCUCAAAGAGAAAGGCAGCGUUGCUGAAGCGGAGGAGUGCUACAACACAGCUCUUCGUCUGUGCCCCACCCAUGCAGAUUCUCUCAAUAACCUGGCAAACAUCAAGCGAGAACAAGGAAAUAUCGAGGAGGCCGUUCGCCUGUACCGCAAGGCUCUUGAGGUGUUCCCGGAGUUUGCCGCUGCCCAUUCCAAUUUAGCCAGCGUCUUGCAGCAGCAGGGGAAGCUGCAGGAGGCCCUCAUGCAUUACAAGGAGGCCAUCAGGAUCAGCCCCACCUUUGCAGAUGCGUAUUCCAACAUGGGAAACACACUGAAGGAGAUGCAGGAUGUCCAGGGCGCUUUGCAGUGCUACACGCGGGCCAUCCAGAUAAACCCUGCCUUUGCGGAUGCCCACAGCAACCUUGCUUCCAUCCAUAAGGAUUCGGGGAAUAUUCCGGAGGCCAUUGCUUCAUAUCGCACUGCCUUGAAACUGAAGCCUGACUUCCCAGAUGCCUAUUGCAACUUGGCACAUUGUCUGCAGAUAGUUUGUGACUGGACUGAUUAUGAUGAAAGAAUGAAGAAGCUGGUCAGUAUAGUUGCUGACCAGCUGGAGAAGAACAGGCUUCCUUCUGUCCACCCCCAUCACAGCAUGCUGUACCCAUUGUCUCACAGUUUCCGAAAGGCUAUUGCUGAGAGGCAUGGAAAUCUGUGCUUGGACAAGAUCAAUGUGCUUCACAAGCCACCAUAUGAACAUCCCAAGGAUUUGAAAACCAGUGAGGGUCGACUCCGUGUGGGCUAUGUGAGCUCCGACUUUGGGAAUCAUCCCACCUCUCAUCUCAUGCAGUCAAUCCCCGGCAUGCACAACCCCGACAAGUUUGAGGUGUUCUGCUAUGCUCUCAGCCCUGACGAUGGCACAAAUUUCCGAGUAAAGGUGAUGGCUGAAGCCAAUCACUUCAUUGAUUUAUCUCAGGUCCCGUGCAAUGGGAAGGCCGCUGACCGCAUCCACCAGGAUGGCAUCCAUAUCCUCAUCAACAUGAAUGGCUACACCAAAGGAGCCCGUAAUGAGCUGUUUGCCCUCAGACCAGCCCCAAUACAGGCGAUGUGGCUGGGCUAUCCUGGGACCAGUGGUGCAUUAUUCAUGGAUUACAUCAUCACAGACAAAGAAACAUCCCCCAUAGAUGUGGCUGAACAAUACUCUGAAAAACUGGCUUACAUGCCAAAUACCUUCUUCAUUGGUGAUCAUGCUAACAUGUUCCCACACCUGAAGAAAAAAGCAGUCAUUGACUUCAAAUCCAAUGGACACAUAUAUGACAACAGAAUUGUUUUGAAUGGCAUUGAUCUGAAGGCAUUCCUUGACAGCCUCCCUGAUGUGAAAAUAGUUAAGAUGAAAUGUCCUGAUGGGGGAGACAAUGCAGAUAGCAAUGCCAGCCUCAGCAUGCCUGUCAUUCCCAUGAAUACGAUAGCAGAGGCUAUAAUUGACAUGAUAAAUCGAGGACAGAUUCAGAUAACCAUCAAUGGGUUCAACAUUAGCAACGGACUCGCAACGACCCAGAUCAACAACAAAGCUGCAACUGGUGAGGAGGUUCCACGAACCAUCAUCGUCACAACUCGCUCUCAGUAUGGACUGCCAGAAGAUUCUGUCGUGUAUUGUAAUUUCAAUCAGCUUUAUAAGAUCGACCCUGCCACUCUACAGAUGUGGGCAAAUAUCUUGAAACGUGUUCCAAACAGCGUCUUAUGGCUCUUGCGUUUCCCAGCCGUGGGAGAACCAAAUAUUCAACAGUAUGCACAGAACAUGGGCCUUCCCCAGAACCGCAUCAUCUUCUCUCCAGUUGCUCCUAAAGAAGAGCAUGUGAGGAGGGGCCAACUGGCUGAUGUCUGCCUAGAUACCCCCCUCUGUAAUGGCCACACCACAGGGAUGGAUGUGCUCUGGGCUGGGACCCCAAUGGUUACAAUGCCAGGAGAGACUCUUGCUUCACGUGUUGCCGCUUCCCAGCUGACUUGCCUUGGGUGCCCUGAGCUCAUUGCGAAGAGUAGACAGGAGUACGAAGACAUCGCUGUAAAACUGGGAACUGAUCUAGAAUACCUAAAGAAAAUACGUGGCAAGGUUUGGAAGCAGAGAAUAUCCAGCCCCCUGUUCAACACAAAGCAGUAUACAAUGGAACUGGAGCGGCUUUAUCUUCAGAUGUGGGAACACUGUGCAGCUGGCAACAAACCAGACCACAUCAUUAAGCCCAUAGAAAGCGGCGAAUCUGCCUGAAGAACUGAAGCCAUGAGAGAUACAAUCUUUCCAGGAAGCAUCCCUGUUUCCUGAGCAGAGGCCCUGGUGAGCCAAGGACUCCAUCUCUGCUUAGCCUGCCUGGUAUUAGUAGCAGAUGUGACCUAUCGUAGUAGUCCAAGAGCACAGCUGGACUUGUCUCCUGCAUGAUGGGAGGUCAGCUGCGUUGUAUCCCGUGAAGAUAAGUUGAGCUGUGUUGACUCUGCUGUGUCUCUGGGACCUGCUUUACAGGGGAAGGUGUGAAACGGCCAGGCAAUUGUGAUUUCAUGGGUUGAUUCAGUUUUCCUGUGCAUUAGAUUUUUCUCCUCCUCCUCCUCCUCCUACAUGGAUUUGGAAUUGGAGCUUUUUUAAAUAUUUGGUUUUCAGGUGUCCCCGUUUCCUCUGGCAAGAUUUCCUGCAAUUGCGUGUUGCUCCUCCCCACAUCACUUUUCUGAGCUCUACCGAAUGAAAGGGCCUCUCUGCUGGUGAAGCUUUUUUAUGGGUUUUAUAAACCACUUGAGUCUACAUCAGCCUCAUUAACAUUUGGCCUCUCUUGGGGACUUUUCUGUGCCGUACUGGCUUAGAUGAGGAUUUUUUAAAGCUUCAUCAAUUAACUUCAAGAUGGCAUUCCUCUGCAGAAAACGUAGAUUCAGUUUAAAAUGUAAACUCACCCUGAAAUAUUUGGAGUAAACACAACCUGGUGCCAAAUGCAUAUCCUUCAGGAAUUAUGUUAAUUAUGCACGAAGAAGCAGGUCUAGCCACUGUAGCAAAGACUUAAAAAAUAAUAAAGUUUUGGUUUGCCCAGGUUGGCCCACUGGA